AUGGGAAACAUGGAUGAGAGAACGAAACAGAUCGAUGCUGAUGACUUCAGGAAAGGCCUCGAGACACUUGACAAUGAAAUGGGCAGGGAUCCAUGGAUUUGUGCGUUUGCACCGAUUACUUUACUCUCCGCUGGCGGAUUCCUCGCCGUCAGCUAUUUGAAAAAUCGCGAAAGCACCAGCGAUCUCGACUAUUUCCUAGAGCCCCAAUGGGCAGAUGACGAGGAUAUCAAGAAGCCGCUGCGUAACGCCGUGUCGAGUACCGGGAAGGCCCUGGAUUUUGUCGACGGCUGGGCCAAUGAUGAUAUGGCCUUUUUCAUCUCUUAUAGAUCUCGGCAACUCUUGUUCGAAGAGGCAAAGAAACAGAACAUUGUUCUCUGGGAAGGUCUGAAUCUUCGCAUCCUUGCUGUUCCGUUGGAAUGGGCGCUAGAAAGGAAGCUGCGGCGGAUUCAUAAUGGUAUGCAGGAUCACAAACGAGAUUCGGAUACUAGCGAUGCUCUGGCACUGCUGAAGACUCUGAGAGUGCGCAAUGGCGGUCCGCUCGUGAGGGAGUACAUUCGGACGCUGAAUAUGUGCUCCACAGAAAUGCUACCCGAUAGUGCAACCAUGGAUGAAAUUGCCGCUGCGUAUCGAAGGAUGUAUAAUGAGGAGGCAUUUACUUAG